UCCUCUUCUCUCUUGCAAUGGCUUCUUCUCCUGCUACUCCGUCCUUCUCUAUGUUUCCUCGUUUCCUCUCCUUUGCUUACGGUGUACUGAUCAUCUUCUCUUCUUUCUGCCAUUGUCGGCGUCUCCAAGAUUCUUCUCCGCAAGGUUUGACGCUCGACUCGGUGAGAGAUUUCCUCACCAGGGAGGAGGACACGAUUGUGUUCAGCCUCAUAGAGAGGGCCAAGUACCCAUACGAUUCCCCGACGUACGAUCCCUCCUAUCUCCAUGGUAAGUUAUCCCCCGUCGAACUCUUUGUCAGGGAGACAGAGGCUGUUCAGGCCAAGGCUGGACGAUAUCAAAACCCAGAGGAGAUUCCCUUCUUCCCCAAUAAUUUACCAUUGUCUUUAGUACCUCCUUACAAGUUCCCACAGGUGUUGUAUCCUGCAGCUGCUUCAGUUAAUGUGACCAAGACCAUAUGGAAUUUGUAUUUUAAUGACUUGCUACUACUGUUCACUACCAAGGGAAAUGAUGGCAACUAUGCACUAACAGCAGCAUCAGAUCUUGUAUGUUUGCAGGCCCUCUCAAGAAGAAUUAACUAUGGCAGAUUUGUAGCGGAAGCGAAGUACAGAGAUGCUCCCCAAGACUAUGAUCCUGCAAUCCGUGCUCAGGACAAGGAUGCUUUGAUGAAAUUAUUGACAUCUGAAAGUCAAGAAGAAGUGGUGAAGCGAAGAGUAGAGAAGAAGGCCAUGGUGUUUGGGCAAGACAUAACCUUGGGUAAGAAUUAUACAUGUGACAGUAACGGCAACCGAACCAACUAUAAGGUUGAUCCCUCGGUACUUUAUCGUCUUUAUGGAGAUUGGGUUAUACCUCUGACCAAGCUUGUUGAAGCUGAAUAUCUUCUCCACCGUCUUGAUUGACCAUAGUACUGGUUGUAUCUUAUUCUGUGAUAGUGGGUUUGGAUGGUUGGGAAGUCACAAAAGUAGCUAUCCCAUUGUCUCCAUGCUCCGCAGUACUUGUUCUAUUUUUUUUCGAAACUAAGAAAUAACAGAUAAGUAUAUAGUAUAUUGAGGAUGUUUGAUUCGUCCUACAAAUCUUUGAAGUUUGAUGUGUUUAUUUUCUCUCUUCGUAUCAUGUACAGAGUCGAAUAGCAGAGCUUAUUUGCUUCUCAUAGCAGCUUGUUUAAUACUUAGUUGUCCAUAAAAGGAGCUAUGUAUGAACUUGUAGUAGUAGCAUUCAUCAAUAUAUUGUUUUUUGAG